UUCCGAUACAACAUGGGCUGCAGUGCUCAGGCAACGUAGUAGGCUAAUGAAUACUAAAACAAUUGCUGUGCAUAUUAGAAAUUCUCUGAUAAAGUAAUGUGUAAUGAUGCUGAUCUUGCAACAUCAUCACCACAAAGCAACACAGGAAGUGAGCGAAGAUGUCUCCCAUGAAGCUUUGCGACCAUGACAGGACAAGAAGAAGAAGCGUUCAGUGAUUUCUGAUGUUCCUUCUUAUUCAUAGGGCAUAACGGGGAUAAUGUUUCCGAUUGAUAAACGUCAAGAAACGUUAAAGCGUUAAAUCGAAGUCAAGGAGUAUUUGUUUAAUUUAAAGGAUGACGGAACGGGUGGAUGAUGUUAUGCGACUGUGUUGUGAACUGUCUGCUAACCAACAAAUGAAAACGGCAGUGAAGCACUCUGGGAAGGGUGCAGCUGCAGCUGGAGGGCUUGCUUUUGCAGGGGGGUUGAUAGGAGGGCCCCUUGGCAUUGCUGUGGGCGGUGCCGUUGGCGGGCUCCUGGGAUGCUGGAUGACCAGUGGACAAUUUAAACCGCUUCCUCAGGUCAUCAUGGAGAUGACCUCUGACCAGCAGCAGAAGCUCUGUGCAGAUGUGAUGUCCAUCUUGGGUAGUAUCCAGUGGACAGACGUGGCUCAGCUAAUGGCAGUAGUUAUGGGAAAUGCCUGUUUGAAACAGCAGGUGACUGCUGCCUUACUGAACUAUGUGCAGCGAGAGCUUCAGGCUGAGAUACAUUACAUUGACUGAGUGGGGGCUGGGAAGCGGGGACAAUGACAUGAUUAACCACAGCUUCUCCAUGGCUGUAGCUCUGGUCUCUGUGUACACAUCUGGAUGCUGACAGUGCAUAUGUGUCCUGUUUCUCUAGUAAGCAGCGGAACUGAUAUGUUGUUUGGGAUCUGUAGCUGGUUGUGUGUGAAGCUAAAUUGAGGCAUCCCAACUCAACCUGUUGAGGAGUGAAUUAUUUUCCUAGUUCCUUUUAGAAUUCUACGCAGACAAUCUGUAGUUUCAGUGUUCUUUAUCUCUGAGGGUAAUUGUCGCAUCAAAGUGUGGAACUCUCGGUUCAUGAACAUUCUAAUCACAUAUUUGAGACUGUACUCCUCAACCUGGUUAAAACUUGAAUAAAAAAAUGAAUGUCCAAAGAAUAGAAGACGGCGACAUCAUGGAUAUACUGGAAACUGUAUAUCUGAUAUUUUGAUCUGAUCACGCAUAGACUGCAUAGACUGUAUAUAUACAGCCUAUGUGAUCACGUAAUAUAGACCCAAGCAAUAAUCCUAGCAGGCUCUUGCUGUGUCGAAUGCCAUUGGGUUACAGAUGAGGCCACACAGCAAUAUAACUUCAUGUCCAACUUCAUACAUGAAGAUGUGCUUUUAAUGACAAAUGAUAGAUUAUCUUCUUCUGAAGACAUUAAUAUAGACCCAAACUACUGAGACUGUGUCACUCAUCUGUACUUGUGUGGCCUGUGGUGUGAUGUGUUUUUUAAUAAAAAAAAAUAAGUUGCAUUAA